AAUGAUACAGGGAGGCAGUGCAGCGAGGGCUCUGCUCAUCCACACAGGCAUGGCUCCUCUGGACUGGAAAAACACAGGAAAAAGGAAGGACAGGAGUGUAUAUCACCCACUUCAUUAGACUCCUCUGUUGUGCUAUCUCUCUGUGUGUGUGUGUGUGUGUGUGUGUGUGUUUGUGUAUGUGGAAGGGUCAGGGAGGAGGGGGCAUUAUCAUCACAGCACUCCAGCAGCUCUUUAGCUUUCACCGAGGGAAACCAGGCAGCCAGAUUUGUUCAGCUUCCUGCUGGAAAAAAAGUGCAAGGACAUCGUUUUUUUUUUCUUUUCUUUUGUCAGUUUUUCCACUGUGGAUCUUAUUUUCGGACACACAUAUAUAUGUAUCAUGGAAGUCAUGAAAUGCAGAGUACAAGGGCUGGAGUGUGGGAUGUAGCAUGGCUUACUAUAAGGACAUAUCUGCCAGAAAGACCUCUUUAAAUCUGGUAACAGGAUUCUUUCAGUAUCUGCGUGCAUAAACCACCCUUUGAGAUUAAUGACCUGUUUGAAGACAUCAAAGAUGGGGUGAAGCUCUUGGCCCUAUUGGAGGUGCUGUCUGGUCAAAGACUUCCCUGUGAACAAGGGCGCCAGCUGAAGAGGAUUCAUUGGGUGUCCAACAUCGGCACAGCUCUCAAGUUCCUUGAAGGGAGAAAGAUCAAACUUGUCAACAUUCAUGCCACUGAUAUCGCUGAUGGCCGGCCAUCCAUUGUGCUUGGGUUGAUAUGGACUGUUAUCCUGUACUUUCAGAUUGAGGAAUUAACCAGCAACUUGCAAGCCCUACAGGCGUUAUCCAGUAGCAACUCUUCUGUGGAGAGUUUUGCCAGCUCUGGAGCAGGAAGCCCCCCCAUGAAGAGGAAAGUGGUCAACAAGUUUCAAGGCAAUGCCAAGAAGGCUUUGCUCAGUUGGGUGCAGUGCACAGCAGCCAAGCGUUUUGGAAUUGAGGUGAAGGACUUUGGGCCCAGCUGGCGAGAUGGUGUUGCUUUCCAAGCGGUGGUGCAUGCUAUCAGACCUGACCUGGUGGACAUGGACUUGGUGCGGCGCAGAAACAACAAAGACAAUUUAGAAGAUGCCUUUGCACUUGCAGAGAACGAGUUGGGCAUUCCCCGUCUGCUGGAUCCAGAAGAUGUGGAUGUGGACAAGCCCGAUGAGAAAUCCAUUAUGACGUACGUGGCUCAGUUUCUCAAGCAUUACCCAAACCCUCACCAGUCUGAGAGUGAUGGACAGCAAGAUGAGUUUGUUCCCCAAGAUAUUGAGCAAAUCCUUGAGAGAGAGGAGCGGAAGAUGCUGCGAGAACUGAAGGUGUUUUUAGAUCAGCUCGAGAGAGAUCUACUGCGAGCCCAGGGAGCUGAGGGAAGCCUCGCAGACAAAUACCAGGUCUUCAAAAGCUUCCAUGUACAGUAUGAGAUGAAGAAAAAGCAGACGGCUCCUAUGCUGCAGCCGAUCCAUAAGGAUGGGAAACUGUCCGUGGAUCAGGCUCUGGUCAAACAGACAUGGGACCGCCUGUCUGCAAGGCUGCUGGACUGGCACAUUCACCUGGACAAGUCUCUGCCUGGACCUCUGGGGGUGAUUGGAGCCUGGCUUCACAGAGCAGAGAUGGCUCUGAGGGAGGACAUCCCCCUCCAGCAUGUUCAUGAAGAAACAGCCAAUGUUCUUCACAGAAAACUGGAGCUGCAUAAGGAGAUCUUAAAAAACCUGGAAUCACACAGGCAGACCUUUGUUCAGAUCCACAAAGACAGAUCAGUCAAUGGGGUACCUGUUCCACCUGAACAGCUCCAGGACAUGGCAGAACGGUUCAACUUCGUGUCUACAUCAUCGCACUCUCACUUAAUAAAAAUGGAAUUCUGGGAAGUGAAGUAUCGCUUGAUGGGUUUUCUUGGUUUGGCCGAGUCAAAGCUGAAGUCCUGGAUUAUAAAAUACGGCCGACGGGAUUCAGUUGAACUUCUGUUACAAAGCUACCUUACUUAUACAGAAGGUCACAGAUUCUUUGAGCAGUACGAGAUCUUUUUCACAGCCCUAAAACAAGCUGCAGAGGUUUAUGUGAAGUCUGACAGUUCAAUUGAUGAAGCGGAAGGGGUGAGCAAAUUCCUCAGCGAUACUACAGCUCAGUGGAAAAAUCUGGCUUUGGAGGUCCGAAGUGUUCGCAGUAUGCUGGAGGAGGUGAUCUGUAACUGGGAGAAAUACAGCAGCACUGUGGCAGCUCUGCAGGCCUGGCUGGAAGACGCUGAGCAAAUGGUCAACCAGUCAGAGAAUGCCAAACGUGACUUUUUCAGAAACCUGUCUCACUGGAUCCAGCAGCACAUGGACAUGAACGAUGCUGGUAAUUUUCUUAUUGAGACAUGUGAUGACACAGUCUCACGAGAUCUAAAGCAGCAGCUUUUACUGCUGAACGGGAGAUGGAGGGAGCUGUUUGUCAAAGUCAAACAUUAUGCAAGAGCAGAUGAGGUAGAUAAACUGAGGCAGGACUACCAUGAUGGGAUUAAUACCUUGAAAAUUUUCAUGGAUGCAACCAAUGAGAAGAUGACUGCUCCUGUUCAAGUGUCUUUCCUUAAUGUCAGAGCCUUUGUUCAGGAUGUUGAGGAAAUCAAACACAAAGUGCCAGCGAUGGAAGCAGCCUGCAAUGCAGCAAGCCGUACGGCUCAGCUGUUGACCAAAGACACUCCGCAAGAGGAGAUUUCACAGAUGAUGAGUGUGAUGGCUUCCAUCAAAGAGCAGCUGAGUAAGGUUAGGGAGAGAUGUCUGCCUCUGCUGAGAGAGUCUCAGUCCCUCUUACCCCCACUGGAGGAAAUGGAGAAGAACAUCACAGGUUUUUACCAAGCUCUGGAGAAGACUAGCCACAUCACCAGCAACACAAACUCCGAGGGACCAGCCGACUUCAAACAGAAAUGCCAGGAGCUGGCGACUUGCACACAAAGCUGUAAGAAGUGCCUGACUGUCAUAGAGAAAAAUCAUCAGAUCAUCCAGAAUAUUGUAAGCACCAGUAGCACACUUCAACACAUGGACAUGAGUCUGCUGCAAAAACGAGUAGCAGAUCUGCAAAGCUCCUCUCAGAACCUGAUUAAAGAAUCAACUGAGUGGCGAAAGCACAUGGAAACAAGCAGCAGCCUGAUGAAGAGAUUUGACGAGUCUCAGAUAGAGCUGGAGAAAAUUCUUAAAAUGGCUCAGAACUGUCUGACUGAGCGGGGAAACCCAGAGGAGCUGCUCAAGAAGAACACAGAAUUCUUUGGCCAACUGGACCAGUGUGUCCUAAACACAUUCCUGAAGGCUUGUGAUGAGAUGACGGACAUUUUGCCUGAACAGGAACAGCAGUCCCUGCAGGAAACUGUCAGGAAGCUGCAUAAACACUGGAAGGAUAUUCAGACAGAUUUCCCCUUCCACCUCCUGCGCCUGAAGGUGGAGGUGGAGAGGAACAAGCUGAUGGCCUCGCUGCAGGAGUGCCAGGCAGAGCUGACCAGGGAAAACCGCCACCUGACAAGCAUGGGGAGUGAGAGGCUCAUCAAAGAGCACAGGGCCUUUUUUAGGGAUAAAGGACCCCAGUCCAUCUGUGAGAAAAGGCUGCAGGUUAUAGAAGAACUUUGUCAAAAACUUCCCGACGGUGACCCCACUCACCAGAUCAUGGAAACAGCGAGAAAGGACCUGGAUCAGGUCAGAGAGGAAAUUAAGGAGACUCAUCAGAAGCUUGUUCAGUACCCAGAUAAAUGGAAGGAGUACAACACAAGGUACGCUGAACUGUCCUGUUGGCUGAUUUCUAAAGAAAGUCAGCUGAGGUUGCUGAGAAAUCGAGCCAGUGAUCCCAGAAAAUAUGGUCAGGUGAAGUCUACCAUCACGGAGCUGAGAAAUGAUGCAGAGUUACAGGAGGGGAAUCUGGGCUGGCUGAAAGCCCGCAUGGCUGUUCUGAUUGAAAUCUGUGCCGACAGCGAUGCCCAGAAGCAGGGACGUUCCCUGAGCAAGCUCUCUACUGAUUUUAAAGGUCUUCUUACUUCACUCUUAGAGGCUGAGAAGAUGGUGCUAGCUAUGGAAGACUGUGUCCAGUUCAGAGAAGAAGUCCAAACUAUUCUGGAUGACCUCGUUCAGAGCCAGAAAGAGACACAGGCUGAAGUGACCAAAAUACUGGAUUGUUCCUCUGCCAGAGAAGCCCAGCAACUGCUGCUUGUUCAUCAGCAACAGUUGAAGCGCCAAAAGUUAAAGAGGAAGGAAGUCCAGCAUCUGAUCACCAGAGGUCAGCAGCUGCAGGCCGAGGAAGGAGUGGGAGAAACUGUUCAACAGGAUCUACAGAGUCUAGAGAACACACUCAGCAAAAUGGAACAGAAUAUGGAUUCACAGGAGCAAAACCUGCAGGUCACUCUGGCAGCCUGGCAGGAGUUUGACAGCCAGCAAGAAGCGGUGCGAGAGUUCGUCAACAAAGCACACUCUACAACUGAGAGAGAUAUGAACUUCAGCAGCCCGGAGAGCAUGGCAGUUGAACUGGAUCAGGCAAGGGUGCUGUUGAAGCAGUGUGAAGCUGAAGCCUUACAUAUGAAUACAUUACUAAAGAGGGCAACAGAAAUCCAGCUCGGUCCAAAGAACAAGACUCUGCUUUUACAACAAGCCCGUUCCCUCAGUGAACAAGUGAACAAAGUAGAGACCGGCCUGAAGGAAGAAGUGAAGAAUCUGGGAGAAAUGAAAAGUCAGUGGAAUCGGUUUGGAGCAGGAUAUGAAGCAUUUUCCUUGUGGAUAUCUGAAAAGGAAAAAGAACUGGAUGUAAUAAAAUAUUCUUUGCCUCUUGAGGAACAGCUCAAAAGAGUAAAGACUGUCGCGACUGAAAUUCAAGACCGAGCUGAGCUUCUUUCUCAGCUGGAGACAGAGUCCCAGGCUUUGGCCCAGUUUGUGUCCUCAGGGGAGGCAGCUCGCAUGAAGGCCCGUCUGACCCAAAUCGGCAGGUACUGGGAGGAUCUGAAGGAGAGUGUCCAGCAGCUUGAUGGACAGCUGGAGGAAAGCUUCUCUCACCAGCACAAAUUUCAGCAGAACCUUGAAGAGGCACAAACUUCUCUUUCUGAGCUUGACAAGAAGCUGAAGAAUCCCAUUAAGUCCUGCUCUUCUUCAUCAGAGACAUACAAAGCCCUUCAAGCACAUAUGGAUGUGUGUCAGGGUCUGGAGCAGCUGAAGGGAACCCUGCUGCUGCUUUCAUCCAGCGCUCGACGGAUCAGCACCAAGGAGGAAGCAGUGAGGACCGUCACUCAGCUGAACACCAGUUUGGAACUGAUCCUACAAGAAGCAAAGGACAAACAGAGCACCAUGGAAACCCUGCUUUCAUUGUGGCAAAGGUAUGAAAAGCAGCUCUCAACCUUCGUGUCCUGCCUGGAGAGAAGUGAGUCUGCAUCCAAAUCGGGAAGUCAGCCUCUGCCUGCUGACAAAACUAAGCUCCACACUGAGCUGCAGGAGCUGCAGGCCUUGCAGCUUGAGGAGCAGGGCCUGGAGAGGGCUCAUGCUGACAUGGUGUCUUUGGGGACAUUACUUUAUCCCACAGCACCUGAGGAGAGAGUGACUCAGCUAAAAGAUGAGCUGCAGACUCUGUACAACAGGCUGACUGUCCAACAGCAAGUCCUCCCUCAAAGGAGACGCAGGCAGCCUUGCAGCAGCAGUCCAGUGUAAAGCAGAGCUUGGAGCAGCAGACUGAGAAGCUCUGUCAGAUCUGUGAGUCUGCUGAUGCCCAGCUGCUCCACAGCAGAGUAGAAAGCUGCCUGCAGCCAUACGUGGAGGCUCAGAACUUAGCUGAGCUUCAGUCAGAGUGCCUGGAAAGGCUGGAGGCCUUCAUGCAGAGCCACGGCGUGGCGGCCGGAGUGCUGAGGGGUCUGAAGCAGACUGUGGAAAGUGCUGGGAGCUGGGACCGUGGAAGAGUAGAGGAGCUUCAGCAAGAACUAGCCACCAUUGUUCCUGACAUAAGUCAUCUGGAGUCUCUGGCUGUGAAUCUGGACAGCAGCCUUUGCAAAGGUCAUCUCCACAUCAGCGCAGAAGAUGGUUCUCAUAAGACGUGCUGCAUGCUGGCUGAUUCCCUCAGUGCUGAACUAGAUGCAGUCAGGAACUUACUGGGUUCAAAGCAAAGUGAAGCAGAAGCCCUGGGUGUUCUGUGGACUUCAUUUAGACAACAAAAGGAACAGCUGCUCAAAGCAGUGGAGGACAUUGAGGAAAAAGCUGAGCAGCAGGCCCUAAAAGAGCCCAGCCUGCAUUGUCUACAGCAGCGACUUCGGCUCUUUAACCAGUUGGAGGAUGAGCUGCAGUCCCACCAGCAUGAGGGGCAGUGGCUGAGGGAGAAGGGCAACCAACUGGCUCAGAAAGACGCAGAGCUGGCUGGAGAAGUGCUGAGAGAAAUCUGCUUGUUGGAGACAACCUGGGAGGACACCAGGAGGCUCAUUACAGACAGACAGGAGCAGUGCAGUGCUCUUGUUGAGCUCAUGAGUGAAUACCAACUGCUGAAAACUACAAUCAGCAGCAUCAUUGAUAGUGCUGAACCUGUGGUGGAGAUCAGUUCUGUUCUGAAGGAUCACGAGGAAACCAGGAGAACACUGGCUAAGCAUGAAGCCAUGAAGACAGAGCUGACCUGCAGGCAGCAAGAGUUGGAUCAGUUCUCUGCCAAAGGAAAGCAGCUGCUGACUGAGCUGAAGAAGGUCCCAGAGUGUGACAGUGACACCAUCAAAAGGGAUUUGGAAACAAUUGUUGAUCUCUGGUUGGAUAUGUCUGAGAAACUAGAUGAGAACAUGGAUCGCCUGCGUCAGAGUCUGGGCCUGUGGGACAAUGUGCACAAACUAAGUGAAACCAUUGAAAGCUGGUCGAGCAGCUGUGUGGUUGAGCUAAAUGACAGCCUGAGUAACUUCAACAACAGUCAGCAGGUGUCUGCAAGACUCUCACAGCUACAGGCAGAAACUGGGGAGAGGGAACAGGAACUGGAAAUCCUGCAGAGCAAAAUGUCAGAACUGAACGAGUGCGGUCGGAGUCAAGAGACUUCAGCUAAACUGCAGGUGUUGAAAAACGACCUGCAGAAGAAGAUCCACACUGUUCAGAAGCUACAUGAACACGUCAGAGGAAACCUCACUGACUUCUGCUCCCAACGCAAACAUCUGGAAGACUACAUUUUCCAAAUGUCUGCGUGGCUCAGAAGUAUGGAGGACUCGUUGGUGUCUUCUCCCACAGGAUCAGAUCCUGAAGACAUCUGCAGAGUAAAGGACCUUCAGAAAGAGCUGCAGAACCAGCAGGGUAGCAUCGAUUCCACCAGGGAGAGCCUGAACAACCUGUGCAGGAAGUAUCCCUCUGAGGAGCUGUCUGCUUUGGGAUCUUCUCUCACUGACCUCAUCAAGACGUAUGAGUCUGUCAACCAGCUUUCUGCCAGGACCCUCAGCUCCAUGCAGAACUGUCUUCAGCGGCACUUCAGUGAUCUUGUCCAGGAUUUUCACCACUGGCUUUUAGAACAAAGAGAGAUCGUGAAAGAAUGUUCUGACCGAUCAGGAGAUACACAAAUUGUGGAACGUAAACUACAGAAACUCAAGGGUGCCAUGGAUCGUGUAGAAGAGGGUGAAAUGCGAUUGACUCAAGUCUGUACAGAGGGAGAGAAGCUUCUUCUUCAUCUCCCUAAAACCAGCUCUGGGCAGGUCCAGCAGCACCUCUCCUCCAUCCAACAGGACUGGGACAGCUUUGUGGAGCAAUGCAGGCAGAACCAACAGAUCCUUGAGGACAGCGCGUCACUUAUGAAAGGGUUUGAGAGUCGUCUGAAGAAACUUAGGUGGUGGUUGGAACACAUGGAGAACAGGAUGACCACAGAUCUACUGGAAGCCAAACAACGAGGUCAUGAAAAAGUUGUGCUUGACCAGGUGGAGGAAUACCUGCAAGAAGUCCUCAAAGAGAGAGAUUCAUUUGAGCGUCUCUGUCAGGAGGCACAGGCUCUGAAUGAGGGAGGACGAGGGGAUGAAAGUGAGACCAGAGUUUCAGCUCAGCUGCAGUCCCAGCACCAGGCCUUGUUGAGGCGUGUGAGGGAAAGGCUGCACAGCUGCCAGCUCACUUUACAGGAGCAGCAAGCCUUUGAAGAGACACUGCAGACCACUUGGUCCUGGUUAAAUGGUGUCCAGGACCGUCUGACUUCAUUUAACAGCACUGUUGGCAAUAAGGAGACUCUGGAAAAAAGACUUGAUCUCGUACAGGAUAUACUGCUCAUGAAAGGUGAGGGUGAAGUAAUGCUCAAUAUGGCCGUUGGAAAAGGAGAACAGGUUCUGAAACACAACAGAACUGAGGGGCAGGAGACCAUUUCUUCACAGCUUCAAAGCCUGAAGGAUGCAUGGGCCAACAUGCUAAUGAAUGCUAUAAGUGCCCACAGCCGUCUGGAGUGGACAGUGGCCCAGUGGACCAGCUUCCAGGAAAAUAAGAGUCAGCUGCAGCAGUGGAUGGAUAUGGUGGACCAAGAAUUGGGGACGACUCUGCCUCAACAACCCGACCUAAAGAAGAAGAGUGCCUUACUGGAGCGACUGAGGGCCAUCCAGGCUGACGUGGACACUCAUGCUGCAGUUCUUUCACACCUGAUGGAGAAAGCUGUGGAGAUGCAUGAGAAAACUGGUGAUCACACAUUUGGACCUGAGUCAAGGGGGGAGCUCAGUGCUCGCUUUGCCGACAUAUCAGCUGUUGUCAAGGGUAAAGUGCAGUCCAUGCAGAAAAUAGUGUCGGAUCAUGAGCAGUACCUGGAUGCUGUGAGAGACUUCAACGACUGGCUGGUUUCAGCCAAAGAAGAGCUUCAGCGCUGGUCUGACCUGUCAGGAGACUCUGUGAACAUUAAAAGAAAGCUCUGUAAAGUGCAGGAGCUGCUGGACUCUAAGCAGCGAGGCAGAGAGAGGCUGAACCGUGUACAGAGAUGUUGUGCUGUGACCAGAGACUACACCAGUUCAGGAGGCAACGAGGCUUUGGAGCAAAAGGAAGCAAGUUUCCUGUUGUCCUGGGAGCAGUGGGAGCGUGCCACACUGCAGACACGUGCCAGUCUAGAAACAAAGCUCUCACAGAUAUUAAGCUCAGAACAGGAGUUCAGCAGCCUGUCGGCGCAGCUGGAGCAGGGCCUGCAGGACUUCAGCUGCCAGCUGAAGGACUGUCGAACACGCCUGAGCCAGGCAGAGGGAAAAACUGAUGGAGAGGAGGCUGUUAAAGGCUGGCAUUUAGCAAAGGAAACUUUAGAGGAACUUAUCAAAGCUGAGGUGAUGUCUGAUCAACUGAAGACUCAGCUCAAUGAAUUGUGUCAGUUCUCCAGAGAAAUGGGUCCUCAGUCUGAAAGAGUGUCUGCUCUCAUCAAGGAUUAUAACAGCCUGAGGCUCCAAGCUGCAAGAGAGUGCCAGAACAAAGAGAAGAUGCUGGACCAAGUAUUUCGCUCAGCUUUCAGAGAGUUCCAGCAGUGGUUGGUCAAUGCCAAGAUCAACACGGCCAAAUGUUUUGAUGCUCCUCAGAAUCUGAGCGAGGCUUCAUCCAGUCUGCAGAAGAUUCAGUACAUUAGCAGAGAGCUGUCUAUUCAGGUGGAAAUGGGCUCAACAGGAAACAGCACGUCUCUACCAAUUUUGUUCCUGUUCUUUGGAUUUCAGAACCUCCUCUUUCAGAUGAAGGAUUUUGAAGAGAGUGUGGAGCCUCUUCAGCACUGUUUGAAUGCCACUGAGAUGACAGUGCAGGAAAGCAGCACAAAACUUUACGACCUCACAGCUAAGAAGAUGGAGCUCCACAAACUUCAGUCUGUGCUUGAGGACCUGUCCCCUCUGGAGGUCCAGCUGAGCAGGCUUAAAGAGAAGGCCCAGCUGUUGUGGGACGAACACUCAGCUGGCAAAGGCUUUGUGCACCGAGUGUCGCAGCUCUCUGCUCAGUACCUAGCUUUAACCAACCUGACCAAGGAGAAGUCAUCUCGAAUAGAUCGGAUUGUCACUGAGCACCAGCUUUUCUCUCAAGGGCUAGAGGAGCUGCAGAACUGGGUGGUGGACACCAGCCACAUGCUGCAGACGUACAGCACCCCCACUGCUGACAAAAAUGUUCUAGACAGCAGGAUGAUAAAGCUGGAGGCUCUGCUGACUGCUCGUCAGGAAAAGGAGAUCCAACUAAAGAUGCUGAUGACAAGAGGAGAGUCAGUUCAGAGAAACACCUCCUCUGAUGGAGUGCCUUUAAUCCACCAACAGAUACAGGAGCUCAAAAACUCCUGGGAUGCUCUGCUCUCUGCAGCUAUUCUCUGCAAAAGCCAGCUGGAAGGAUCACUGUCUCAGUGGACGAGUUAUCAGGAGGACGUUUGUCAGUUUGUAGCUUGGAUUGAACGAGUCGAAGAGGCUCUGGAUCAAACAGACAAACUGUGUCCAGAAAUAAGAGAGAAAACAUCUCAUCUAAGCAAAGCAAAGCUGCUCUAUGAGGAUGUUUUCAGCCAUAAUGCUCUGCUGGACACCAUCACUGUAAAACGUGCCAACAUCACAGAAAACUACGUGACUCAGCUUGAGCUGCAGGAACUUCAGGAGCGUUAUAACACGGUCAAAGAUAAAGCUAUGAUGGCUGUUGGCAAAGCAGAAGAUCUGGUGAAAGCUCAUGAAGAGUAUCAGCAGGACCUCCGUGCGUUUGAAGAGUGGCUGGAAGCAGAGCAAGAGAAGCUCGGCUGUUAUACACAGCUGGAGGGAGAUAUUGAUAUGUUGGAGGACACCAUCCAAAAACUACAGGAGCUGCAGCUGCACUGCACGGAGGGCCAAGCUCUCCUCAACACCCUGCUGUUGAGCAGAGAACCGGUCCUUCCUUGGGGUCUGCCCCAGAUAGAGGAACGAGCCCUGGAAACCCUUCAGCAGGAGUGGAGGCUUUACCAGGCCCAGCUGGCUGAGGCCCGCGCUCAGCUCAACAGUGGUCUGGCCAAACUUCGACAGAUGGAGCAGAAGUUCCAACGUCUCGAUAGCUGGCUGAGAGCCAUGGAGGCCAAAGGCCAGCUGCGCUCUAAUCGACGGUCUGAUCGGGACACGAAGAAUGCACAGCUGCAGAUGGUCAAGAGCUGGCAGGAGGAGGUGCUUGUCUAUCAGGAAGAAAUGGAGAGUCUGACACUUUUGGCUCAACAAGUUCUGGAUGAGACUCACAUCAGCAGCCAGAUCAGUACCAGAGCCACCCAGAUCACAGCCCGGUACCACGCCCUGCUUCUGCAUUUACUGGAAAUGAUUAAACAGCUUCAGGAAGAGGUGUGCUCAAUAGAAGAAGCUCAGUGUGUCUUCAGCAGCUUCUCGGAGUGGCUCAGCUCAGCUCAGAACAGCUUCAGUUCUGUAGCUGGAAGUGUUGACAUGGUGGAUCGACUGGCUUUGGAAAGAAAGAUGAAGAAACUGGAGAGUCUCCAGGCUGACAUGGAGCAGGGUCACCUGUAUCUAAAGACCAUGAGGGAGAAGACGGAGCGAGUCAUACCCUUCUUAGAGGAGCCUGAAGCAGAGCAGCUCAAGGAGGAGGUGGACAUCCGACUUUUUCAACUAGAGGAGUUAAUGGCAGCUCUGCGUACGGAGCACAGCUCCCUGGAGAAAUGCAUGUUGCUCUCCAAAGACUUUAUGGAUAAAUAUAAAUCCCAGGCCCAGUGGGUGGUGGAGACCAAAAACUUCUUAGCUUCAAGUCUGGAGCCUAAAGCUGAGCUCUACCAGAAGAAGGCUCAGCUCGCAAAGUACAAGACAGUUCAACAAACUGUGGAGUCUCAUGAUUCAGCAGUAAAAUGUGUGGUUGAAAAAGGAGAGGCACUGCUCAACGUGAUUCCUGAUCCCACCAUCAGUGAAAACAUGAAAAAGUUACAGACUGAUUACCAAGAGCUUUGUCUGCUAGCUAAGACUCAUGUUCAGGACCUUGUGGAGUGGGUAAAGGAGCACGAGGAUUACAACAGUGAGUUACAGGAAGUGGAGAAAUGGCUGCUCCACAUGUCCAGUAGGCUUGUUACCUCAGACUCUAUGCCAACCAGCAAUAUGGAAAUGGUGACUCAGCAACUUGCUCGACACAAGGCCAUAAUGGAGGAAAUAGCCAGUUUUGAGGAGUGUCUCAUCAGCUUGAAACAGAAAGGAGAAGGUCUUGUUUCCAGCUGCUCAGAGCAAGUUCAAGUUCAUGCUAAGAUCAGUCAACAAGUCCAGACUCACCUGCAGGGAACCAGAGACAGCUACUCCGCUAUCUGCAGCACUGCUCAGCGGGUUUACCAGAGUCUGGACCGAGAGUUACAGAAACAUGUUAGCCAUCAGGACACACUGCAGCAGUGCCAGACCUGGCUCUCCACUGUUCAAGAGGAGCUUCAGCUCCAUGAUCAGGGACCAUCAGGUCUACAGGAAGCACUGAAGCAGGUGAAGCACUACAGAGCCCUGCAGGAGCAGGCCAGCACCUAUCUGGACAUGGUGUGUUCUGUGUGUGACCUGUCUCAUGAUGCUGUGAGGCUGGCAGCUGCUGAGGUCCAGCAGAUCAAACUCAUAAUUGAAGAAAGGAUGUCCAGUGCUCAGGUGCUUUCAGAGGGCUGGAGAGAAAUUAAAGAACAGAAGCAGGAUCUAACAGGACUGUUUCAGGACAUGGAGCAGCAACUUCUCACCCUCUCUAGAAGACCAGCAGAACUUGAGACCAAAAUCGCUCAAAACAUGUUGUUCCAGGCUCAGGAAUGCUGCCAGCAGCUGCAGUGUAAACAGAGUGUCCUCAACAAAAUGACAGAGACUGUGAACAGACUGACCGGUGGUCAGAACACCGCUGAACAUGCCGAGCUGGAUGGUCUGACCCAUACGUGGCUGGAGCUCUGCCAUCAGGCCAACAAGCUGCAGAGCCAGAGGAAGGAGGACCUGCAGAUGUCUAAAGAGUACCACCACUGCAUUGCUGCUGUGGAGGAGCUGUUUGAGCAGGUGUCCAAAGACUGGGACAACCUGGCCAGAACUGAUGCUGAAAGUUCAUCUCAGCAUUUGGAAGCUCUGCAGAAACUUUCAGUAACUCUUGAAGAACAAAAAGGUGUCCUUGAAAACCUGAAGGAGCAGAAGCAGAAAGUCAUCCCGCAUUUGAACUUAGAUGACAAAGAGCUGGUGAAAGAACAAAUCAGCCACUUUGAGCAGAGAUGGUCUCAGAUGCAGAAUCUGAUUGAAAGAAAAGUCCAGGACUCCAUGGUGACUCUGGAUGACAUGAGACAAGCAGAGGCCCGCCUGAGAGAGGCUCGGGACUGGGCCAAGGAGCAGCAGCCGGCUCUGUCUGAGGCCAUGAAGAUGAGCCCGCCCCCUGAACUGGCACACAGCUUCCUGUUCGACCACUUGAGCAUCUGCAGUGAAUUGGAGGCCAAGCAGCUCCUUCUGGCUCAGGCCAUGGCUGAUGCCGACCGGGUUCUGCCACGGCUGGGCCUCAGUGAGCGCCAGCACCUGCAGCAGCUCAUUUCUGACACCCAGGCCGAAGUGGAGUCUCUGAGUGUGAAAGUGGUGCAGCGAAAGAAACACCUCAGCAAGGCUUUUACAGAGAGGACACAUUUCCUGAUGGCCGUCAGUCAGUCCAUUUCCUGGGUUCAGCAGAACGAGAAGAAGGCCCAAUCAGAGGAGCACAUCGCUUUGUUACCCGAUGACUUAGCCAAGCAGGUCCGAACAUGCAGGAACAUCCAGAGCAGUCUGAAAGCCUAUCAGAGCGAGCUCACCUCCCUGUGGUCUCAAGGCAGAGACUUGAUGAGAGAGGCCAGCGAAGAAGAAAGAAACGAGAUUCUCACAAAACUGCAGGAGUUGCAAAAUGUUUUCGACAGAACUCUUCAUCGGUGUGGUCAGAAACUCCAGGAGCUUGAAAAAAUACUCGUCUCUAGGAAGUAUUUUAAGAACGAUUUAGAGAAGAUUUGCCAGUGGUUAAAACAAGCUGACAUUGUUACUUUUCCGGAAAUCAAUCUGAUGGUGAGUGAUGCUGAGCUCCAGGCACAGCUGCUGAAGUACCAGCAGAUCAUUGAACAGGCAGUGGAAUAUGAGAAUCUUCUCCUGAUUGUACAGAGAGCAGGUCAGGAGGUGCUGCCCACUCUGAAUGAAGUUGACCAUUGCUACCUAGAUGAAAAACUGAACACCCUCCCUCAGCAAUAUAAUAGCAUCUUAGCACUGGCCAAAGAGAAACAGGAGAAAAUCCAGCAGGCCAUCCUUACAAGGAACGAGUACACAUCUUUCAUAGAUGUCACACAUAAAGCACUGAAAGAACUCGAGGAACAGUUCAAUAAUCUGGCAACGCAACUUGUUGGGCUACAAACGGAGGAAGUUGUCAGUCUGCAGAGCGAUUACAAAGCAAUUCUGGCAGACCUCAGCAGCUUGGGUCUGGCUGUGAGUGAGCUGAAUCAGAAGAAAGAGGGAUUUCGUAGCACAGGGCAGCCAUGGCGCCCAGAGGAAAUGACCCAGCUCGUCAGUCUGUAUAAUGGACUGAAGAGGCUAGUGGAGCAGAAAGUAGAGCAUCUGGAGGAAACCUUGGAGUCUUUUGAAGACCACAAGGCCAUGGCCAUGCAGGUAGACUCUGAGCUAAAAGCCACAAAGGAGCAGCUAGUUAAAGUGACUGCAGAGACACAGUCAGCUGAAGAAAGGCUGAAGAACUACCACGCUCUGGCAGGAAGUCUCCAGAGCGCCGACUCCCACCUGUCCAGGCUCAUGGAGCAGAUGGAUACCCUUGCCCCUCGUGUGGACCGAGCAGCUCAUGAUGCUUCUAAGGAGCAGGUGGUUUUGUGGCAGGACGAGCUGCGGUCUUUACAGGCUGCAGUGGGGGAGCUGAUCGAAGAAUGUGAGAACAGGUUCAUCCAAAGUAAAGACUUUGAGACGGAGAUGAAAAAGACCCUGGACUGGCUGCACCGCACCAGGGAUGAACUGGACUGUGCUGUGAUUGUCGACGUCAGAGUGGAGAAAGUGCAGGAGGAGAUCCGGAAGCAACAAAUCCUGCAGGAAGAAGUUCAGUCCAGACUGAGAAUAGUGGCUGCUCUUAGUAGCCGAGAAAAACACGAGUAUAACAGUGCCAAUGAGCUUGUCCCCGCCCACGUCUAUACUAACCGGGAAGAAAUGGCAAAACUGCAGGCAGACGUGCAAAAGGCCCUGACAGCCAAGCAGAUUACUCUAGAGGAAGCCUUGGUGUUGUGUCAGAAGUACCACUUCAGGAUGCAGUCAGCCUGUGAGUGGCUGGAGGAUGCUGUGUCCUUCCUACAGCAGGCCAGCUUGGGAGUGGACGUGGAGAACUACGAGGAGUGUCUCCGGCAGCAGGCAGACAUCAUGGCGACAGAGCAGGAGUUUCUCAUCCACCUGGACGAACUCCAGACUCUGCUGCCUCAGCUAGAGAACCUGGUAAAUCCCACAGCUAAAGAGCAGCUGCGAGUGAGUGUGGAGUCGGCAAAGCAGAGAGGAGUAGAAGUUCGAGAUCAGCUGCAGUGUCAUCAGGACGUCCUACAGAGUUGUGUAGCCCAGUGGAAGUCCUUCCAGGAGGCUAGGCAGACGGUUAUUGAGCUCAUGAAUGAAGCAGAGAAGAAGCUGACAGAGUUUUCCACUGCAAAGGCAGCCACGAGUCAGGAGGCUGAAGACAAGCUCUGCAGCCAUCGGUCUCUUGUUUCCCUCGUGAGUGGCUUUCAAGAGAAGCUGAGUGGAUUAGAGGAACAAGCAGCUCAGCUGGAACUGGUGGGGAGCGACGCCAGCAAGGCCACCAUUAGUCGCUCAAUGACCACGGUGUGGCAGCGCUGGACACGACUGCGCAGCGUGGCACGAGGACAGGAGAGGGUCCUGGAGGACACGGCGCAAGAGUGGAGGACUUUCAAAGAGAAGAUGGUGAAAGUCCGAGGCGUUUCUGAGGAGCUCCACAGUCGUUUCCCUGACAGUGCUGUGGAGAAGGCUUCUAAAGCUAUGCUGCAGUCGUUGUUGGAUCAACAUGACUUGCUGAGCCAGGAUUUGGAGCGGGAACUCUCCUCCCUCACACUGCUGCGUCAGUAUGCCCUCAGCCUGCUGCACGACGUGGAAGUUCCUCCUUCACCAACAGCCGACCAGGAGGAGCUGCCCAGUCUGAAAGAGAUCAGAGCAGUUCAGGACCAGAUGGAAAGCCUCCUGACCCAGUCCAGAACCAGACUGGCUCAGACAGCUCAGGAACUGAAGGAACGAGAGGAGGUGGAAAAGGAACUUGGUGUUGUGAAAGCCUGGAUCCAGGAGACCAGAGAGCUGCUUCUUAAUCCCACAUCAGAUAUUGAUUCUCUUCUGCAGGAACUUGAGACCAUACACGGGGAUGUAAUCACGUAUCGUCAGAAUGUGGAUAAACUAGCAGAACAACAACAAAGCAAGUAUCUGGACCUCUACACCAUCCUCCCCUCUGAAAUCUCCAUGCAGCUAGCUGAGGUCUCUCUUGCUCUGGGAGCUAUUGAAGAUCAGGUUCUGUCUAAAGAGAGAGAAAAUCAGAGAACCAGAGAAAUAAAGGAAGACUUCAGCUCCAGAAUCCACCACAUGUCAGAGAAACUCAAGACUAUCUCAAAAAAAUUCAAGGACAAAUCUCCUGAUGUCGAUCAUGCCAAAGAAGAGUUCAAGAGUCUUUUGGAGGAUUUGGACUCCUGUGGUCGCUCUCUCGCAGACCUUGAUGCUGCCGUUCAAGAGUUUAGUCGCAGAAACCCGUUUCUGGCCAAACAGCUGAGUGACGCCAUCAACAAGUUAUCUGAGAUGCAUCACCACACGAGCCGGUUAGCAGACUGCAGGAACAACUGGCUCAAAAAGGCUGUUUGCUAUCUAGAUGAGUAUAAUGAGAUGCUUGACUUUAUUGUGAGAUGGUGUGAGAAGGCUAAAAGUCUGGUGAGGGCAAACAUCAUCUGGAACUCUUCUGUUCACCUGCAGGAGCAGAUCCGAAUGUACCAGGCUGUGUUUCGUGAGUCCAGAGAGCUCCACGGAGACCUUGAGUCCAUGGCAGAGAAAGCAGAGCUCCUGUCUGAGGUUCUGCAGGUUGAAUCAAUGAGCCGAGAGGUUUGUGGCCUCAGUCGGCACACCGAUGAGCUGCAGCAAAGCAUCAAAACACGACUGCAGAGCCUUCAGGAUGCACACAAGAGUAUGGAAGCCCUGGAGUUUGAGGUGAAGGCCCUGCAUGUUGCCCUGGAGCAAAUCCAAGCAACGCUGACCUCACCGGAGUUAGCCCACCAGAGCCUCAAAGAUCAACUGGCUCAGAGACAGCGCCUCUUGGCAGAUAUGGAGAGCUUGAAGCAGCAGGUGCAGGCAGUGCAGCUGUGUCAGAGCACGCUGCAAGUUCCUGAAGAAGUGAUGCCUAACCUGGCAAUCUGCCGCACAGCUCUGCGUCUGCAGCAAGAAGCCAGUCACUUACAGCAUGUGGCCAUCCAGCAAUGCAACAUACUGCAGGAGGCUGUGGUUCAGUACGAGCAAUAUGAACAGGAGGUGAAGGACCUGCAGGGCCGGAUCGAGGAAGCACAUCGGGUCAUUCAGGACCGACCAAUCCCCAGCAGUAACAUUCAGGAGCUGCAAGCACAGAUCCUCCACCAUGAGGAACUUGCUCAGAAGAUCAAAGGUUACCAGGAGCAAAUAGCUUCACUGAAUUCCAAAUGCAAAAUGCUGGCAGUGAAGGCCAAACAUGCCACCAUGUUGCUGACAGUGAGCGAUGUGGAGGGAUUUCCUGAAGGCAUGGAGGACAUGGACGGAGAAAAAUCCACAAAGGCUUCAGCACAAUAUGUCACAAUGACGGCGGGUCGUUGUCACACUCUGUUAUCACCUGUUACUGAGGAGUCUGGAGAGGAGGCGACUAUCAGUGAGGUGUCCUCUUCUCCUCUGUGUCGUUCUCCUUCACCUGUUGUUUCCAUUGAAGGAGCUGUCGCAAAGGUUGGACAUGAAACUCUGAUGAGAGCUCCGAUUCAAGAGUUGUACGACCCAAGCUUUGAGUCUGUGGCCAACCUGGACGACCUGCAGCGCUCAUGGGAGACUUUAAAGAAUGUGGGUCUCAUAGAAGAGCUGCAGAAUGUGCAGAAAGAAAUCACUGAUCUGCAGACGAGUUUCAUCCAGGAUCCCACUGCUGAUCCUGUGGACUCAAACUCAGUGGACCAGCUGACCAUGAGGUCCUCGCUCUCCGUCUUGACUGAACGAAUGGCCACCAUUUAUAUGAAAGCUGCAGGGAAACAACAGCAGCUGGAGGUAGAAAUACUCCAGCGCCACUUCGUGCGGGACAUAAUGUUUGAGCUGGCCUCUCUCCUCCUGCUUCUCCAGAACAUGCUGCUGGAGGUUGAAGAGAAAGUGUCGUCCCUGUCAGAGCUGUUGCAGCACAGUGAGAACCUGCUGCUGGAGGGCCAGACCGAUACCAGGCAGGAGGCUGAGCGUCUGGCUGCCAAGUUACACACACUGAAGAGUGGCUUACUGGACUUACACAGGCUGCUACAAGACAAACAGCUUAAAAUUCAGAGUUGUCUACAGGAGCCAGAAGAUAGUGGCUCAGAGUCCAGUCAGUCUCAGAGUCCCAGUGUGCAGGACUGGCUGGCCCAGGCUCGUACUACACGGACUCAGCAGCAGGAGGACAGUCUUCAGAGACAGAAGGAGUUGGAGGAGCAGCUUGCUGAACAGAGGAAGUUGCUUCAGUCAGUUGCUAGCAGAGGAGAAGAGAUUCUGAUCCAGCAGGCCUCACCCAGCAGUGCCAGUACAACAGAACCUUUUUCGCCUGAAGCUCUGUCUGAGAGGGGACGAGAGCAGAUGAGGCAGAGGUGGGAGAGUCUCCGACUGGAGCUCAAAACUAAACUGCAGCUCCUACAAAAAACUCUAGAGCAGGACUGCAGUCAGCCGGUUUUUACCAGAACUUCUCGUGUAACUCCAGCUGGGUCGCUGUUUAAAAGAGACACCCAGUCGGACAAAUCUUCUCUGAAGACUCUUUAUGACGGCUUCAGACAGACAGCUGAACACAGGACCACCCAGCCUGGUGUUGGAGGUGAAACCCAGGCAGUUCAGAUGGAGCAGCAGCUCUACACAGCUGUGUUGUCCACCUCAUCCUGGCUUGAUGGUGUUGAGAAUGACAUCCUGUACGGCUCUGUGCUGCUGGCUGAAAACACAGAAAUCCAGCUACAAAAUCAAGAGAUCCUGGAGAAUGAUGUGAGACAUGUGGCAGAGGAAGUGAAGGUCAGCCUGGCUCUGAUCGCUGAUUCUUCCUGGUUGAAAACAGAAGACCGAGUCCUGCUGGAGGAAAACCUGGGCUGUCUGAAGGGGAGAUUAGCAGCUCUUGGAGGUGCUCUGAGUCAGCAACUCGACCAAAUGAGAACCAGAGCAAAUGAACUCGCAGGCUACAGGGCUGAAUUACAGCUUCUACAAACUGCUUUAAUUGAGACCAAAUGCCAGAUUAUUCAAGCCUUAGCUGGAGCCAUGGAUAAGCCAGUGUUAAAACAACUUGAGGUCCUUUCCAGAGCUGAGGAGAGCCUGAAAGACUUCGAACAAAGAAUCACAGAGCUGAAAAUCAGAGGAGCAGCUGUGCAGGCAGAUCAGAUAUCAACAAGCAAAAUGCUGAAACUUCAGGAUUCCUAUGAGGAGUUAAUAAUGAUGGUGGGUUCUAGACGCAGCGCGCUAAACCAGAGCAUGGCUUUGAAGGAGCAGUACCAACAAGCUCUGCAGGACCUGAUGGACCUGAUCGACACAGCUAAAGACAAAAUGUCUACCAAUCAGAGAAUUGUUGUCAGCUCUAUGGAGGAAGUUCAGAACUAUCUCGACAAACAUAAGGAGUUUUUUCAGGGUCUAGAGUCCCACAUGAUUCUAACAGAAACCUACUUCAGGAAGAUCAAUGCUCCUAUGCUUCCAAAAGAGAGUCAGGCCUUGGAGGAGACGCUUUCUGACGCUCGGAGCGUCCUGAAGGAGGCGCACAGUAAAGGAGUGGAACUGGAAAGUAUCCUGCAGACUUGGUGCCAUUUGAUGCAGGACUACCAGAGUCUGAAUCAGCAGCUGGAGGCAGUCGAAGGGAAUAUCCCCUCAGCUGGUUUGGUGGAAGAGGCUGAAGACAGGUUGAUGGACAAAAUCUCUUUAUAUCAGGGUCUGAAGGGAAGACUGACAGAGCACCAGCACAAGCUCCAUCAGGUCCUGGAUGAAGGAAAGCAUCUCUUACAGUUUAUUUGUUGUCCUGCCUUGGAGAAUAAACUGUCCCUGCUGGGAGAACACUGGCUCAACAACACAGCCAAGGUCAACAAAGAGCUGCAGCGUCUGGAGACCAUCUUAAAGCACUGGACCAGGUACCAGAAGGAGUGUGCAGAGAUCAGUGCCUGGCUGCAGUCGGCUCUGGACCGUCUGGAGUUUUGGAACACUCAGGCAGUUUUAGUCCCACAGGAGCUGGAAACUGUCAGAGACCAUCUAUCUGCUUUCUUGGAGUUCUCUAAAGAAGUUGAGGGAAAGUCCAGUCUGAAGAGCUCAGUGGUGUCUGAGGGCAAUCAGCUGCUGAGACUGAAGAAAGGCGACACACUGGUGCUACGCUCUGAGCUGACACGCAUCGACAGUCAGUGGGCCGAGCUGCUCACACGCAUCCCAGUGGUUCAGGAGAAACUGCAUCAGAUCCAAAUGGAGAAGUUGGCCUCUCGUCAUGCUAUUUCUGAGCUCUUUAACUGGAUCUCACUGAUGGAGAACAUCAUCGAAGAAGAUGAAGAACAUCUCAAGAGUGCUGUGGGAUCAAAUGUAAUUCAGGACUACUUGCAAAAAUACAAGGGCUUCAGAGUGGAUUUAAGCUGUAAACAGCUGACUGUGGACUUUGUCAACCAGUCGGUCCUGCAGGUCAGUGGUCAUGAUGUGGAGAGUAAGCGCAGUGAUAAGACUGACUUUGCUGAGCGUCUAGGAGCUGUGAAUCGACGCUGGCAGCUUCUACAAGGCCGCAUUAGUGAAAGGAUCCAGUUUCUUGAGAACCUGUUAGAGAUGUGGCUGGAGUAUGAGAGCAGCGUUCAGGCUCUGAAGUCCUGGAUGGCAGCUCAGGAAGACAGGUUGAAGAGAAAACCUCGGAUCGAGGAUCUAACAUCUGUGCAGAAUGCUCUGAAAGACUGUCAGGAAAUGGAGGAGUUAUUAAAAGAAAAGGAGAAAGACCUGGAAAGAGUGGAAGAACAAGGCUGUGCCCUGGUUCAGAACAAGACAGACGAGGCCUGUGCCAUUGUCAUGGAGACGCUUCAAAGUGUCAAUCACACCUGGGCUAACCUAGACCACUUGAUCAGACAACUAAAGAUUAGCCUGACAUCAGUUCUGGAUCAGUGGAGUCUUUACAAAUGGGCCUCAGAAGAGAUCAACGUCUACCUGAUGGAGGGCAGGUACUCUGUGUCACGGUUCCGCCUCCUGACAGGCUCCCUGGAGGCAGUUCAGCAGCAAGUACAGAGUCUGCAGGACUUACAGGAGGAACUGGGGAGAAAGGAGAGCAGUUUGAGAAAGUUUGGAGCCGUCACUCACCAACUCCUGAAAGAGUGUCACCCUUCAGUGUCUGAUUCUCUAAACAAUGCCCUUAAGGAAGUCAAUGCAAGAUGGAGCGAGUUGCUGGAGGAGAUCGUGGAGCGCCUGAGGAGCAGUAAAGCUCUGCUGCAGCUGUGGCAGCGCUACAAAGAGCUUCAUGAUCAGAGUUGCAGCAGCAUCCAGGUGCAGGAAGACCAGGCAGACCAGUUGCUGAAAAACACCUGCAGCAAAGACACUGCUGAUGAUGAAAUCACCAGCUGGAUCCAACAGUGCAGCGACCUGCUACGGUCACAUGUUCCAGUGCAGGCCUCGCUUCAGGUUCUGCAGGAGCUGGGAGAGCAGCUGAAACAGCAGGUGGACACAUCAGCAGGAUCUGCCAUCCAAUCAGAUCAUCUUUCUCUAUCACAGAGGCUGGCUGGAGUGGAGCAGGCUCUGAACAGACAGCUCACCACCCUGCAGACUGGAGUGCAGUACUAUGAAUCCUUUAAUAAACACCUGGAGUCUCUGGCUUCCUGGAUUGUUGAAGCUGAGGAGGUUCUGAAGGUCCAAGAUCCCAAUGGCUGCACCGACAUGACUGUCAUCCAGGAACGCAUGGAGGAAUUGAAGAAGCUCAUGUUGAAGUUCAGCUGUAUGGCACCAGAAUUAGAGCAUCUUAACGAACUUGGUUACAAGCUCCCGCUCAAUGAUUCAGAGAUCAAACGCAUGCAGAACCUCAACAGAAGUUGGUCGACAGCAUCAACACAGACUACAGAGAGAUUCAGCAAAAUCCAGUCAUCCUUGCUGCAGCAGCAGACCUUCCUUGAAAAAUGUGAAACCUGGAUGGAUUUCCUGGUCCAAACAGAAGGAAAUCUAGGUGUGGAAAUCUCUGGGAAUUACCAGAGUUUAAUGGAGCAGCAAAAAGCCCAUGAGUUGUUCCAAGCAGAAAUGUUCAGUCGGCAGCAGAUCCUCCACUCCAUCAUCAGUGACGGACAGAAGAUGUUGGAGCAAGGUCAAGUAGAUGACAGAGACGAGUUCAACAUGAAGCUAGCUCUACUGAGUAACCAGUGGCAGGGGGUGGUGCGACGGGCUCAGCAGAGGCGGGGCAUCAUUGAUGGACUCAUACGUCAGUGGCAGCGCUACACAGAAAUGGUGGAGAAGUUGCAGAAAUGUCUCUCAGAAGUCUCCCACCCAGCAGAGGCGCUGCAUGCAGGAAACACUGUUCCUUUGCAACAAGCUCGCUCCAUGCUUGAUUCUGUUCAGUUGAAGGAAAAGGUGCUGCAGCGUCAGCAGGGCAGUUAUAUCCUGAUGAUAGAAGCUGGCAGACAGCUGCUGCUGUCAGCGGACAGCAGGGCCGAGGCAAGUCUGCAGGCAGAGCUGACCCACGUCCAGGACCACUGGAAACAGGCCAGCACCGGCCUGGAGCAGCAGAGGAAACAGCUCACUACCUUGUUAAAGGACUGGGAGGGCUGUGAGAGAGGAAUUGGAGAAUCAGUGGAGAAGCUGCGAGCCUUUAAACGGCAGCUCUCUCAACCUCUGCCUGAUCACCAUGAAGACCUGCAAGCUGAGAAGAUCCGCCUCAAGGAUCUAGAGAGCAUGUUUGAUGGUUGGACUGGAGAUCUGGCUCACCUAACUUUACUGAGAGAGUCUCUGCGCUGCUACAUCAGCUCUGAGGACCUGUCUGCUCUGCAGGAGCGGGUUGAACUUCUGCAUCGGCAGUGGGAUGAAAUCUGUCACCAGCUGUCUCUGCGCAGGCAGCAGGUGAGCGACAAGCUGAACGAGUGGACAGUCUUCAACGAGAAGCACAAGGAGCUCUGUGAGUGGCUCACAAGGAUGGAGAGCAAGGUGUCCCAAAAUGGCGACAUAAGCAUUGAGGAGAUGAUCGAGAAGCUCCGCAAGGACUACCAAGAGGAGAUCACAGUGGCAGAGGAGAACAAGCAGCAUUUGCAUCAUCUUGGAGAGCGCCUAGCCAGGGCCAGUCACCAAAGCAAAGCCACUGAAAUUGAACAGAAAGUCACUAAAGUCAACGAGCGCUGGCAGCAUUUGCUGGACCUUAUCGGAGCCAGAGUGAAGAAACUGAGGGAAACUUUGGUAGCCGUGCAGCAGCUGGAUAAAAACAUGAGCAGCCUGCGCUCUUGGCUUGUCCACAUCGAGACCGAACUGUCCAAACCUGUGGCCUACGAGUCGUGUGACUUCCAGGAGAUUCAGAGGAAGCUCGACCUGCAGCAGGAGCUCCAGCGGGACAUAGAAAAGCACAGUACAGGCGUUGCGUCUGUACUGAAUUUGUGCGAGGUGCUCCUGCACGACUGUGAUGCCUGUGCCACCGAUGCCGAGUGUGACUCCAUCCAGCAGGCCACGCGCAGCCUGGACCGCCGCUGGAGGACAAUUUGUGCCCUGUCCAUGGAGAGGAGACUUAAGAUUGAGGAGACAUGGCGUCUAUGGCAGAAAUUUCUAGAUGACUUUGCACGUUUUGAGGAGUGGCUGGCCUCUUCAGAGAAGACUGCUGCUGUUCCCAACUCCUCUGGUGUGCUGUACACAGUAGCCAAGGAGGAAUUAAAGAAAUUUGAGACCUUCCAAAGACAAGUUCAGGAAAGCCUGACUCAAUUAGAGCUGAUCAACAAGCAGUACCGCCGCCUGGCCAGAGAAAACCGUACAGACUCGUCUUGUGGCCUGAGAGAGAUGGCCCAGGAAGCCAACCAGCGAUGGGACGACCUGCAGAAACGAGUGGCUUCUAUCCUUCGCAGAAUCAAGCACUUUAUUUGUCAGAGAGAGGAGUUUGAGAUAGCCAGAGAUGGUAUUUUAGUCUGGCUAACAGAAAUGGACCUUCAGCUCACCAACAUCGAACACUUCUCUGAGUGUGACAUUCAAGCCAAGGUCAAACAACUCAGGUCGUUCCAGCAAGAGAUUUCUCUAACUGCUGCCAAGAUCGAGCACAUCUUCCAGCAGGGUGAAGCACUAAUAAAGAAGAGUGAGCCUAUGGAUGCCGCUGUCAUCGAGGAAGAGUUGGAAGAACUUCAGCGAUACUGUCAGGAAGUGUUUGGUCGAGUCGAGCGCUACUACAAAAAACUCAUCCGCCUUCCACUUGCAGAUGAUGAUACUGAUGUGUCGUUUUCUGACCGUGAGCUGGAUCUGGACGAACCUGGAGAUUUGUCCAGCCUACCGUGGAACGAGCGUUUGGGGGAUGGCUUGUUGUCACCCCUGCCCUCCUCUGGUCGUUCAGCCUCCCUGGCUGUGCAGCUCCGUGCCGAACGCUCCGGCAGGGACACGCCUGCCAGCGUGGAUUCCAUCCCCCUGGAAUGGGACCAUGACUAUGAUCUUAGCCGUGGUCUGGAGAGCGCCAGCAGAGCCCUCAAAGAGCAGCAGAGUGAGGAGAGAGACUUGGUCCAGUGCCCUGCCUCAGACUUAUCCGAUGUAGUGAUCCCAGAGAGCCCUGAGGCCUAUGUUAAGCUAACAGAACACACACUGAGGUCUUCCACUGGAGAGGCUUCCUCAGCAGGAUCUCAUGUUCACUCUUUUGACAUCAGUCACUCACACCUUCAACUGGACACCAGCAGCAGCCGUACCCACACCACCACUGAAGUAGAUGCAUCGUAUAUGGGCUAUCUGCGAUUGUUGGGUGAGUGUCGUGGCAACAUUGACAUGGUGAAGAGGGUGGGCUCAGAGCUGAAAGAGGAAGAGGAUACGGUGUCAGGACUGGCAGAUCCAAGCAGCUCAGAGUCUCAGACAUCAGGUGUAAUUGAGCGCUGGGAACUCCUGCAGGCUCAGGACCUCAGUAAAGAGAUACGUUCAAAGGAAAGCCAUCAGCAGUGUCAGCAACUGAACUCUGACCUGAACAACAUCUGGACUUGGUUAGGGGAGACGGAAGAAGAAUUGGAGCAACAGCAGAGUCUGGAUGUCAGCACAGACAUCCAGACUAUAACGCUUCGAAUUAAAAAACUCAAGGAACUUCAGAAAGCUUAUGACAAGCGCAAAGCUAUUCUUCUGUCCAUCAACCUGUGCAGUGCUGAAUUUCUGCAGUCAGACACUGAGGAAUCCAGAGAACUACAAGGUAAACUCAAAGACAUGAACAAGCAGUGGGACAAACUGGGCAGCUCUUUGGACAAGUGGAGAUCUUCAUUACAGGAAGCUCUCAUGCAGUGCCAAGAGUUUCAUGAAAUGAGCCACAGUCUGUUGCUUUGGUUGGAAAAUAUUGAUCGCAGAAGGAAUGAGGUGGUUCCCAUUGAUCCAAUUCAAGACUCCGUUACCCUCCAUCAGCAUCACAAGACUCUCACGCAAAUCCGUCAGGAGUUAUUGGACUCUCAGCUGAAGGUGGCCUCACUACAAGACAUGUCUCUGCAGCUGCUAGUCAACUCUGAGGGCACUGACUGCCUGGAAGCCAAAGAAAAGGUUCAUGUCAUUGGGAACCGCCUCAAACUGCUGCUGAAGGAAGUGACCCGAGACCUCAGAGAGCUGGCCAAGGUUCUGGACAUCACAAGCAGUCAACAGGAUCUGUCUUCUUGGUCCUCUGCUGAUGAACUGGAUACAUCUGGUUCUCUCAGUCCUGUAUCAGGAAGGAGUACUCCGAGUCGGCCACGAUCGCAACGGGGAAAAUGUAGUCUGUCACAGCCUGGAGCGUCUGUGAGCAGCCCACACCUCAGGUACCACAGAGACGCUGGAUCCGGUUCCUUCCCUUCUGAUUCGGAGAUGGCAUCAGGCCGCAGGUCCUGGUUCUGGUGCCGCGUGCUCUGUGUGGCGCUGCCCCUCCAGCUCUUCCUGCUCCUGCUGGUAGCUUUGUCCUUCCUGCUGCCGCUGUCGGAGGAGGACUACUGCGCUCAGUCCAACAACUUCGCUCAUUCCCUUUACCCCAUGCUCAGCUACAUGAACGGUCCUCCUCCUGUGUGAGUGGUCCAGCAGAACUGUGUGGUCCAGCAGAACUGUGUGGUCCAGCAGAACUGUGUGGUCCAGCAGAACUGUGUGGUCCAGCAGAACCACAACUGAAAUCAAGCCUUUGAAGAGCAACAGCUCAUAUUUCAUCCAUGUGCUGUGCAGAAACUCAGCUCCUGUCUGUGUGUCUCAGUCAGGUGUGUGUCUGUUUGUGUAACGUAAAGAAAUGACACUGAGGACAUCUGCUGGAGGAAUGAGUAGACUCAUCAGUACAUCUCACAUUUUCUGACGAGGAAAGCACCAAAGUUUAACAGUCUGUGAAUCUGCUUGGACAACAUUUAAUACAUUACAUUUAUUUUUUUUACCUGUAUUUUUGGCAUGUGGUUUUAAUCUUUGUUUUUAUGGACUUAAAUUCAUACUGUGUUUGUAGGAAACAGUCGAUUUUUAACUUGAAUUAUUUGGAUUCACAUAAAUCAUUUAACUGACGUGUUUUAUUAUGAAAAUCUAUCCAAGAGUUCAGCCUUUAUUGUCAGUUAUCCUUUCCACAUUCUGCUUUUGAUUUGUUUUACACUGAGGACAUAAUAGUUAUUGUGUAUUUUCUGACUGUCCAAGUCUGAAAUCUAGAACAAUCCAGGAUUAUUUACUGUGUAUAAAAUGCAAGAGAUUAAUGUGAAAAAUGUAUAUGCAAUUAAACAAUGAAUGCCAAAUCUUUA